AGCGCAGUCACUGUGUAGCAGAAAUAACGUCUGAACAUGAAGCACACCACUUUAGUCGUGAUUUGUGCCUUGAUUGCAAAAGGUGAAUUGCUCCCUGCCAUUGGGUUCAGUGCCCGUCUUUCCCGAAGUGUCUACCUUGGAAACGGACAGGCCGUAAAAUACGACCGAGUGAUUACUAAUUAUGGAAACGGAUACAACAAGUGGACUGGUCACUUCACAGCGCCUAGAAAAGGACUGUACUUGUUUUCCUGUUCCAUUAUGGCCGGAAGAAAAACCCUUAUUCACAUUGAAAUAGUCAAAAACGGAAGAAGAAUAUCGGCCAUUUUUGCCAAUGACUCUGGCUUUGAUCAGAGUUCACAGACUGUUGUACUAUUUCUAAAGAGGGGAGAUUCUGUUUGGACAAGGCAACGCGAUAGGGGACGACAUCUGCAUGACCAUGUGGGGUAUAACAUGUUCACUGGAGUUCUGAUAUCAAAAAACGUUUAACAUGUUUAUAUGUUCUCUCUAAUAUGAUGACUGAAAUAAAUUGUGGGAAAAUGAGACACAUA